AUGACGACGACGAUGCUGGUUGAGGAGCAGAAGCAGGCGGCCGCAUCGCCGCGGGUCAAGGACGAGGUCGGCCACGACGACGACGAUGGCGGCUCGAGCGAUGAGAAGGACCACGAUGAGAACACGGCGCCGGGCGACGUGCGCAAGCCUCGGCGCGAGCUCCCGCCGGCGACCGUCGCCAUCCUCAAGACGUGGAUGCUCUCGCCCGAGCACGUCAAGCACCCGUACCCGACGGACGAAGACAAGAAGAUGCUACUCGAGAAGACGGGUAUCAACAUGAAGCAGCUCACCAACUGGUUCACGAACGCACGCAAGCGCAUAUGGAAGCCCAUGAUGCGCCGCGAGCACUCGCGCCAGCUCCAGUCGUCCUUUGCGCGCGAUGUGCAGCUGCGCGAAGGCGGCCCGCGGAUCCCGCCCCCGCCGUUCGCCCACGACCGCCCGACCGACGACAUGCGAGACGGGCACGCGCCGCUCCGCAUGGCGCACCACGGCGGCCACGCGCCCGACCACCCGUUCAGCCACCCGAACGACCCUUACCAGGGAUACCCGCCGCCGACGGACCCCCGGUCGUUCCACCAUCUUUUGGAGCGUCGAGUGCCCGAGUACCCGGCGCGGUCACACGAGUACCCACCCGUGGCCUUUCCUCCGCCGUCGGGCGCGUUCUUCGAGCCGCGAUCGCACCGCUCCGUAUCCGAGUCGGUCGUCGACCGGCUCCACCACCACCAACAUCCACAGCACCACCGCGUGCACCACCCGUAUGCGGCCCCGCACCACCCGAUUCCAUCGUCGUUUCUGCGCCUGCCGCCGCGCAACGAGCGCAGUGCGAGCGAUGCGUCGACGCACAAGCCGUCGCCGCCGCUCAAGCGCGAGCUCGAUGCCAAGGACGACGACAGCAACGGCAAGGAGAAGCGCGCUCGGCGAAGCUCGCUUCUGCCGCCGCACGUCAUUCGCAUCCUCAAGGACUGGAUGAUGUCGCCCGAGCAUCUUGAGCACCCGUACCCGACCGACGUGGAGAAGAAGGCGCUCUGUGACGAGACCGGCCUCGAUAUGUGCCAGCUCAACAACUGGUUCGCCAACAACCGCAAGCGUCUCUGGAAGCCGACGAUGGCCAACCGGUCGAAAGAACGACUCCAGCUCUACUCGAACGAGAGCAUCCGCAGUAUCAUCUAUAACGGCAAGCAGGCGGGCGAAGCGCCGGUCGCCGCGCCGCGCCGCACGUUCACCGUCAACCCGAGCUUGCCGUCGGUGGCGGGCCUCCCAGCGCUCGUGCCGCCGCCGCACUCGGCCCCGACCCCGUCGUUCCCGUCCAUGGGGGUGCCCCGCGAAGGCCGGUCGCACACGCUCGACAUUGGUGCGUUUCGGCGUUCGCGCAUGAACUUUCAGGACAUCCUGAACGCGUCGAGCGCCCCGUUGGUGCUGCCCCCGCUCUCGCGACCAGGACCGUCCAACUCGGUCGGCCACGAAGACCACCUCCCGCCGCUGCAAGGCCUGAUGUAA